CCUGCAACCAGGAAGUAAAUUAAAAGAAAGCCCUGCGAAUAUAAUGUAAUGCCGGAGGAAUAAAACAUAAAUAUGCUCCUGACGGUCGGUGUGUGGAUGCUUGUUGUCGUGGGUCUGUGGCCACGCACCAUAGCUCUCGACAAUGGCCUGGCGAGGACCCCCACGAUGGGUUGGCUGCACUGGGAGAGGUUCAUGUGUAACACCGACUGCGAGGCGGACCCGGAUAACUGCAUUAGUGAACGUCUGUACAUGCAAAUGGCAGACGUCAUAGCAACAGAGGGCUGGAGAGAGGCUGGCUACCAGUAUGUCUGCAUUGACGACUGCUGGAUGGGUCAGAGUCGAGACGCUGGGGGCCGGCUGCAAGCGGACCCCCGCAGGUUCCCGGGAGGCAUCAAGAAACUGGCUGACUAUGUGCACUCCAAGGGUCUGAAGUUGGGCAUUUACGCAGAUGUCGGCACAACCACCUGCGCUGGAUACCCUGGCAGUUUGGGCCACUAUGACACGGACGCCCAGACCUUCGCUGAGUGGGAAGUUGACCUGCUCAAGUUUGAUGGCUGUUCCAUGGACGCUACUUUGCUUGAGGAAGGGUACAUAAACAUGUCCAAAGCGCUAAACGGAACGGGAAGACCCAUCCUAUAUUCCUGUGAGUGGCCUUUCUAUGAGUGGCCUUUCCAAAAGCCAAAUUACAACACUAUUGCAGAAACAUGCAACCAGUGGCGCAACUUCGCAGAUGUCUAUGAUUCGUGGAGCAGCAUCAAGUCCAUUUUGGAUUGGACUGCUACCCACCAGGACGUCAUCGUCCCCUCAGCUGGUCCCGGGGGCUGGAAUGACCCAGAUAUGCUGGUGAUUGGAAACUUCGGUUUGAGUCGGGACCAGCAGGAGUCUCAGAUGGCACUGUGGGCCAUUAUGGCUGCCCCGCUGCUCAUGUCUAACGACCUGAGGUCCAUCUGUCGGCACACUAAGGAGCUGCUGCAGAACCGCCACAUCAUCGGCAUUAGCCAGGACGAGCUGGGCAAGCAGGGACACUGCACAGCCAAGGUGGACCGUUUUGAGGUGUGGGAAAGGCCACUGUCCAAUGGCCGACUUGCCAUAGCAGCACUCAACACACUGGAGAUAGGAGGCCCACGCAAGUUCUCCUUACAAGCGGCUCCCGGCUGGAAGAGGUGCAACCCGCUUUGUAACGUCAGCCAGAUUCUGCCCCGGUAUGAGGAGAUGGGGCUUCAAAUUGGACACCAGGUCUCCGUUAACCCUGCAGGUACCGCCCUGCUUGUCAUCACACCCAUCAGCAGAAAAAAGCAGGACAAAAGACUCCUUAGGAUGCAAUGGUCAGAAAACCCAACACUUCUCUAGAUCAUGACAAUUUUGUUUUCUCAAUUACAAUCUGAUGGUAUGGAUUGAGAGCUUCCAUUUUAGGCCAUCAACGUUUCACUUGAUGCAACUCGCAGCCCUAGUACAAGCACGGUGAAAAUGAAUGAGAAAAGGUAUGGUAAAUUUGAACACAUUUAUUGAAAAUUGUGACGACUUGACCCAGAAGAGUGGCCCACAGCUUAGAACUGGAUGACCUGGCCCUGUUGAGAGAACACAAGCAUGUCAGGAGGGUUAAACCACAACAUUAACAACAAAUGCAUGUUUCUUUGAGCUGCUCUCACAAUGUCAAUAGUAGGCAGCUAUGUAGCUGCAAGGCAGAACAAUAAAAAACAAAUGUUGACAUGCGCAA